AUGAACACAAUCCGCUCUGUCUGGUACGGCUGGGGCGUCCUAAUAGUCGCCGGCGGUGGGGCCUACUACUUCGCCAAAAAGUCCAUCAACGCGGACCGCGCCGAGCGCGCCGCCGCCGACCGCCAACGCAAAGCCUAUCUCCAGCGGCUGGAGAAUGAUGCGCAUAUCACCUCCCCAAGAUCAUCCUCCUCCCGUCCCAAACAGUCCAAUACCUCCCAAGCCCCGGCGACAGGCAGUAUAGCGGCGACCGCAGCGGAUGGCUGGAGAAAGGGCGAUGUGGAGGGCAGCGGAGGGGGCAAUCCGAGUAUUGAGGCGAGCGAGGAUCCGGCGCCGACGAGACAUGCGCCGUUAAGUGAGGGGCAGAGGACGCAGGAGAAGAGUAAGUAUGAGGCGAGCGAGCCGUUUAGGAGUAAGAAGGGGGAUCGAUUUAGUGGGAUUUGA